AUGGAUCUACUGGUCUCUUUGCGUUUCAGAAUGGAUAAAUCCUGGAUGAGUACUGAUAGAACGAAGAAACGUUAUAGAGAAGGAGUUGCGGCGUUUCUGCGGUAUGCUGUCAACCAUCUCAAGGAGGAGGGUGAGACAUAUGAUGAAUUUCUUAUGUUGUUUCCGUGUACAGAUUGUUUAAAUCUCUGUGCAUGCUCCGUUGGGGACGUAGAAGAUCAUUUAUUCAUAAAUGGAAUCGAUCAAACGUAUACUAUUUGGAAUAAGCAUGGGGAAAAGGAUGAGGCAAUAACUAGUAGUAGGCCAGUUAACGUCAACAAUGACGAAGAUUUUGGAAUGGGAACUCCCACUGAUGCUCCAGACACUAUAGAUAUGAUGCAGGCUGCAGAAGAGUUCGCAGAUGACCCUAUAAAGUUUAAAAAGUUACUUGAAAAUGAUGAAAAGACCUUAUACGAAGGAUGUCCCAACUUCACAAAGUUGUCUACAAUUGUGCAGUUGUUUAAGUUGAAGAGUAAGCACGGUGUAUCGGACAUGCUUCCCAAAGAAGGUAAUUUAAUGGCGAAGAGUACAUAUCAGGCAAAGAAAAUAUUGAAAGCAAUGGGUUCAGGAUGGAAAGUUGACAGGGAUGGUAAAGUUUACGAGAAUGUUCCAGCAAAGGUAUUGUGGUACUUCGACAUCAUCCCAAGAUUUCAGCGGUUGUUUCAAUCGAAGCACACAACAGAAGAUUUGAUAUGGCACGAUACCACUAGAAACAAAGACGGUGUUUUACGUCAUCCGGCAGACUCACAUGCUUGGAGAGAGAUAGAUAACAAUUUACCAAAAAUUAAAGGUGAUCCAAGAAAUCUGCGGUUAGCUAUUUCGGCUGAUGGAGUUGAUGUAAACACAGGCACCAAACAUCACAGUGUAUGGCCAGUUUUGGUUGCCAUUUACAACCUUCCACCGGGGCUGUGUAUGAAGAGAAAGUUCAUCAUGUUGUCGUUACUUAUAGAUGGUGCGCCAGGAAACAACAUCGAUGUCUUUUUAGAACCUCUUGUUAAAGAUUUUCAGUUCUUAUUUGAGAAGGGAAAGAGAACAUGGGAUGCAUAUGCCCAAGAAAUGUUUACUCUACGUGCAGUUGUUUUGUGGACGAUAAACGAUUAUCCUGCUCUUGGUACACUAUGUGGUUGUCGAUACGAUGGAUAUCAUGGUUGUGUGAAGGGGGCAUUUGGCGGAAACCAAGAGUGGGAGACUGCUCCAGAACCAAUGACCGGGGAAGAAAUAUAUGAGGAUGUAAAAUGUAUAAAGAAUUCAUGGGAAAAGAAGGGGACGAAUACUCAAGGGGAAGACGUGCAGGCUACACCUGGAAAAGGUGGAAAGAUGAAGCGCAUCAGAAAAACGAAAAUUGAGAGCAUUAGAAAAAUAUCAAAAGAAGUCGAUAGGUCAGGUGAGGAAGAGGAAGGCAGGGAAACCAUUUACUGGAGCAAGUACAACAUAUGGCAGCGACUACUUAGAUAUUGGCGCUAUAAUAAUGUCCAACAUUGUAUUGAUUUCAUGCAUGUCGAAAAGAAUGUGGGACAAAGUCUUGUUGGAACGUUGCUGCACAACGGGAAUACAAAAGAUGGAUUAAACGCCAGAAAGGAUUUGGUGCGUUUGGGGUUAAAAUCGGAGUUACACCCUAAGACAGAUGACAAAGGAACGAUACUUCCCGCAACAUGUUAUACAUUAACUACGGAAGAAAAAGACAUAUUCUUGGAGACACUAUCCGAGUUAAGAGUUCCAGAAGGGUAUUGUUCGGAUUUUUCCACCCUUGUGAACCUAAAAGAGCGUAAGCUGAUCGGACUCAAAUCACAUGAUUACCAUAUGCUUAUGCAACAAUUUUUGCCCGUCGCUGUUCGAUCAAUUAUGCCUACACCUGUCAGAUAUGCUAUUAUCAGGGAAGUGAAGUUAUGCGGUCCGGUUUGCUUUCGAUGGAUGUAUCCUUUCGAAAGGUGUAUGAAGGUUAUAAAGGGGCAUGUGCGAAACAAGAAUCAACCUUGUGGAUGCAUUGCCGAAGAGAAUUUUGCCGAAGAGACGAUUGAGAUAUAUUGUGAGUACCAUAAAAGCAUCAGGAAAAUUGGUAUUCCACUAGAUAGGCAUAAUACAUCUCAGGAGGGAGAACUGUUAUCAGCUGAAGAGCCGUGUAUAGUUACCCCUGAACAGUUGAGACAAGCACAUUUCUAUGUAAUGCAGAACACGCCUGAAAUUGAGCCUUACAUAGACCGACACAAGCUAUAUUUGGAAACUAACUAUUCUACUAAAAAGCGAGCAUGGCUGGAGAAAGAGCACUCUAACACUUUUGGCGCUUGGUUAAAAAAUGAGGUUGAAAAAGAGUUGGCAGACGACAGAGAAAGUAUCUCAGAGAACUUAAGAUGGAUAUCACACGGCCCGCACUACAAGGUAACGAAAUACACUGUAUAUCGCAUCAAUGGAUAUCUAUUCCGCACAAGAUCCCGUGAUGGUAGAAUUCACCAGAAUAGUGGGGUUAGCGUUGCAGCAAAUGACAUGCACAUAUCUAGAGAUGAUGACGUUACAUAUGGUAAAGCCUCUUAUUAUGGUGUCUUGCAAGAGAUAUGGGAGUUAGAUUACUGUGAAAGAAAAGUUCAUCUGUUCAAGUGCAAUUGGGUUGAUAAUAAACGUGGGGUCAAAAGAGAUGCUCUUGGCUACAAGAUUGUUGACCUUACUAUGUUGGGAUACAAAAAUGAUCCUUUUAUUUUAGCCUCACAAGCUAAGCAGGUAUUUUAUGUCAAAGACCAGUUAGAUAAGAAAAAGUCUAUUGUUUUUGUGACACCUCCCAAAAAUUAUAGAGAUGACGAUGGCAACGAUGAGGAAUUCAGUACAGUAAUCUUUUCUGGGAAUGAUAAUAUCUUGCCGUCUGUAGAUCCACAAGACUUGGGUAAAGAAUCCCAAAAUGAUUACUUCCGAACUGACUGCCGAGGUUUACUUAUACGCAAGCCAAAAUGA